UCUUUGCGUGAGCCACGUUGUCAGACUCAAAAACCAUGUCGGGACUCAACGCCUCACUCGGCUACUUCCUCGCCUGCGUGGCUUUCGCCGCCUCGCUGCGGCCGCUGCUCGGGAAAUGGCCUCGCUUGGCUUUCCUGUUGGAGUUGGCCUCCUCCUUCAUGCUGGUGGCGUGCCGGUUGGAGGUGCAGACCAUCGUGGAGGUGGGCGAGUGGGCCGGGGGACUGGGGCCCGACGUGACGGCGACCGUACUCUUCGCGGUGCUGCUGGCGCACGGCGUGGUCAGCGGGGACGCUUCGGGGAACCCCUGCCUGAUCCUGAGGAGGUUCCUGCAGCUGGAGGCCACGGCGCUGGACACGGUCCUGGCAGUGGGCUCCCAGUUCCUCGGGGCCCACCUCGCCAUCCUCGUGGCGGGGUACUACUGGAGCCUGGAGCUGACCGACAUGCACAUGAUCAAGAACUUGAUGUCCAGCGAGUGCAGCACGUCCCUGCUGGCCUCCUUGACGCAGGGCUUUAUCACAGAGUGCGUGUGCGCCCUGGUCUUUAACCUCCUGCACCUCUUCCUGAGACGGAGAUCCGCUCUCAUCCGGGUGCCCCUUCUCGCCAUCCUCCUCGCCUUCUUGGCCCACACAGCCAAAGGUUACACCUCAGCUUACAUCAACCCGUCCUUGGCCUACGGGCUCACUUUCUUUUGUCCCGGAUUCACCUUAGCGGAGUACGCCUUGGUCUACGGGCUGGCCCCUGUCACAGGAAUGACCCUGGCGCUCCUCCUGUACAUGGGCCACAUUCCCAGGAUGUUUGCCAAGAACCUGCUGUCCUUUCAGAAGACACGUUUCAAAGUGCCCAAAGGAGGCGCAAAAGAGAAGAAGAAAUGAGCUUGUUUUUUUUUGUUU